UACCGUGGGGCAGGCAGCCACCUGUCUUGUUAGGAGUCAUAAUGUGAUGGCAGUACUAGUCCAGAGGGUCUUUCAGCCUUGUAUGUUCCACUACCUAUGACGGGCGCGAGCUUGUCCACGACAUCUGUCUUCCCCUGACCUGUCACACCAGCCUUAAAAUCCACCGAUCCACCGCUGCUGUCCGGUUGUAAUCGUCGCACACGCGGAGCCCUACAGCGGCUUCUUGUUGCCUCACGGUAACAUGGCCGACUCCAUGGAGAUGCUGGUUCGGUCGAGACCGCGCUCGAGCAGAUCCUCUCCGAGUGAGAAGAGUGUCGAAGUGCAACGUGUUCCCGCUAGCAUGCCCCGAGAAGAACAGCCUGACAACUCGCGAUCCGUCAAUCGUUGGCUUGGGCCGUUAGCUUUGUUUAUGGUUACCAUCAAUGGAACCCUCGGAGUUGGAUUGUAUUGGCGAGGCGGUGAUAUCGUUGAGAUGGGCGGCCCGCUCGCAGUCGUCCUCGCCUUCCUAAUCAUGGGUUUUAUUGCUUGGACGGUGAUGCAGUGUAUCACCGAACUCCUGUGUAUUUGGCCGGUCCCAGGAGCCAUGGCAAUCUACGUCAGCGAGUUUGUGGACAACGAGCUUGGUAUUGCUGUCGGUAUAGCUUAUUGGUUUACGUACUCCGUCUCCUUCGCUGCCCUUCUCGCAACGACCGCCGCCGAAGUCACAUAUUGGAAUAAUAGCAAAGGCAUACAAGGAGCUAUAAUGUUUGUGGUGGUGCCUCUGAUCCUGGUGCUCAUCAACGCACUAGGAGUGGAAGUGUACGGGUUAGUGGAGGUGGUUGUGGGCAGCAUGAAGAUUUCUGUCUUCGUUGUGAUCAUCAUCGCGAUGAUUGCCAUCAAUGCAGGAGCAGGCAAUGAUCCAGUGGCAGACGGGGGGCACAUUGGCGCAAGAUUUUGGAAUAGUCCUACACCGUAUGAGACGCAAGCUGCGUCUGACUGGUUCAUUGCAUUCCUCAUGACAUUGUCAGUGGCUGGCUUUGCGUAUGUCGGCGUCGAAAUCAUUGCAGCAUCAGCGCUUGAAGCUCGGUGGCCAACAUCCAGGCGAUCUGAUGACGAGGAGCCAAACAAUGUGGGCGGUCAUGACGCCGAGCGCCAGAGCGCCAUGUUGAUCGGUGAAACGAUCAGAUUCGCGGCCGUCUGGAUCCCCGUGUUUGCGAUGAUCGCGUACACUGUUGGCGGGAUUCUAGUAGCCUCGAACAUCGAGCACGACGAUUGUCUGCUGACUCGGCAAAGCUGGAUCAAAAAAGUAGAUAGCGAUGGAAAGCUACUGUGUGCUGAGAAUGGCAUACCUUUCAAGGCGAACAGACCCAGCAUGGCGCCUUUCGUAGCCAUUGCGAAACGAUCACAGCUUCCUUCGCUGGCAUCGGCAAUCAACAUCUUCCUCAUUUUCACGGCCAUAACGUGUGCAAACACCAAUCUGUAUGUCGCGUCGCGUACUUUCUUUGGCCUGGCCAGUCGUCUAAGAGGAGGAGAGGGUGCCCCUCCGUGGAAACGUAUACUUGCCUGGUUUGGCAAGACGAACAACAGAAAUGUGCCAAUGCGCGCUAUGAUCUUUUCCGCUGUCGCUUUCUGGUGGGUCCCUCUUAUAUCAUUGGCACCAGGGGGAUCAGACUCUUCGAGUCCUAUCGGCAUGUUCAUUGAGGCGCUCAGCCAAAUGGGAACAGACGGUGUGAUCAUCGUCUGGGCUUGUGAGUGCUGGGCAUUCCUUCGCUUCUACUACUGCGUGAAGCGUCACGCCCCUACCCUCGAGGAGAAGCGCUUCCCGCAAGUUCGCCGAUUCCAACGUAUUGACGACGAUUACCCAUUCCGCAGCCACGGCCAGCCCGUGACCGGAUUUUUUGCUCUCUUCGCAUGCCUGUUGGUUUUAAUUGUCGCUAACGGGGCAUUUCUGUGGCGUGGCUUUCAGAGGGUGCCUUUUGUAUCGGCGUAUUUGACUAUCAUAGUGUUCGUAUUGAUAGUUGCGCUGCUGAAGCUCACCAAGGGGGCUAAAUGGGCUCUCGUUGAUCUAUCUCAAUGCGCAGAAGUUGAGGAGAUUUUCCGGAGGCUCAACGAGAUUCGUCAUCGGGGCGCUGCCGACGUAGAGCCAGAAAAGAGCUUGUGGAAUCUUUGGGGGCAUAUUUGAUGAAGCAUAUUGAACGAAUAAUGCAAUGUGUUUUUCGCGCAGAACUUGACAUCCCGCGUUGGCGUAUGACAGGAUUCAAGAGCGACUUGACUGGGUGGACUAAUACGGUUGUUUUGAGACGCACUUAUAUCGUUCAUCGUUUUGGGUGGUGGUCGAAGCUUGUAGCAUACAAGUUCUGAAAGUUAUCUUAGUUGCUACAUUAUUUAAGCCCUCUUUGUCGCCAUACACAAACAACCAAAAGCUUCG